UAAAAAAGUAAUUCAUCCACGUUCACUAAACAAUAAUCAGAACAGUGGGUGUCUUAGGGUGAAUUAGGAGUAUUUGGAGUUGUUCAACAUCAAUGUGCACCAUUUUGUAACCGUGGAACUUCCAUAUCUUACUAGAGAUCAACAAUAAUCUAAACAGCAGGUUUUUCGAAGUGACUUGGCGGCAAAUAAGACCAAGGUUGGUAUUUCAAUCAUUAAACAUAGUAUUUAUUGUAGUUUAACCACGAAAUGCGCAGUUUCCUAACUGUGGGUUUAUUAUGAAUCGCCAAUUCAAAUCACAUUAGGCAUACAUGUGCAAUUUCUGUGGUAAAAAUCCAUUAGUUAGGCUUUCUCAUCCGCUAUAUCGUCCGGAUUUAGUUCUAUGUGAUUAUUUUUGUUUCCAAUACACCCACAAACAAAUAAAUUAGAGAAAAAAUGGACAAAGCAUAGAGCUCAAAAAGAAGUUAUCCAAAAACCUUUAUUUAAUUCAAAAUGUACUUAUUGACUCACACUCGUAUUUGCGGGAAUUUUUUGUCAUUUCCUAUUCAGUAAAUGUUGAACAUCUGGUGGGAAACUGUAUAAGAGUAUUUUCUAUUACGUCUAGUUUUAAUAUUAUGAAAAUAAAUAACUUGUAUAAAAAUGUAAGUUUUGUUUAUAGUGUUUUUAUCGAACACAUUAGUCAGCGGUGGAAAAAAGCUGAUUUCCUACGAAGUGCUAGAAAUUCGGGAAAGUGGCGAAGUUCGAGGGUAAAUUUUUUUCUGCGGUUAAUAAUUUUUUUUCUACUUCACCGUUGGUGAAUCAAAUAAGGGAUUUAAUGACAAGACAAACAAAUCAAUCAGACAGUGAAACGACGAUGUCUCUUCAAAAUGCACCAGAAGACACUAACGAAUCUACGUUCGAAGUACAUGUCGACAAACCUAUCGGUACUCCUUCUAGGUCCCCCUCGUAUGAAAACAAUAAACUUAAACUCGAAGAUCGUUCAAGAAAUCAAAGUUUUUGUAUUAGGAAUAUGCCUGUAUCUAGAAGUCAAAUGAAAGAAUUUAGAGAAGCUUUUCGACUAUUCGAUAAAGAUGGCGAUGGUAGUAUAACGAAAGAAGAAUUAGGUAGAGUUAUGAGGUCGCUUGGACAGUUUGCUCGUACGGAAGAAUUACAACAAAUGUUACAAGAAAUCGACGCUGACGGUGAUGGUAACGUUAGUUUUGAAGAAUUUGUCGAUAUAGCUUGGUCAGCAAGUUCUGGCAACGAUCCAAAUCAAACUUUAUCCUUAGAAGAAGAAGAGAAAGAACUUAGAGACGCUUUUAGGGUGUUUGAUAAACAUAACAGAGGUUACAUAUCGGCUUCAGAUCUCAGAGCAGUGUUACAUUGUCUUGGAGAAGAUUUAUCUGAAGAAGAAAUUGAAGAUAUGAUCAAAGAAGUUGAUGUAGAUGGAGAUGGACGAAUAGAUUUCUAUGAAUUUGUGAAUGCUUUGGGAGAACCUGGAACGGAAGAUAGCUAUGACGAAGAUGAUGAUGACUACCUAGCGUUUUACAAUUAAAUAUUUGAAAAUUAAAGAAAA